AUGGUUCAUACCACAGUCCUGGGUCCCUACAAACCUCAGCGUCCUGUCCAGAGCUUCAGUCCUGGUGUAGAGGCCUCAUCCGUGUCUACAGCCUCAGUCCCUGGUCAAAUCCUUCAGUCUGGUCUACAAAGGCCUCAGUCCUGGUCUAGAGCCUCAGUCCUGGGUUCUAGAGCCCUCAGAUCCCUGGGUGUAGAGCGCUCAGUCCCUGGGUCUACAACAAGCCUCAGUCCUGGGUCUAGAGGCCUCAGUCCUGGUCCUAAGAGCCUCAGUCCUUGGUGUAGAGGCCUCAUCCUGUCUACAGCCUCAUUCCUGGCUCACCUCAGUCCUGGUCUACAGCCUCAGUUCCUGGUCUACAGCCUCAGUCCUGGGGUUACAGCCACAGUCCUGGGUCAAGAGCCUCAGUCCUGGGGUCUACAGCUCAGAUCUGGUCCUACAGCCUCAGUCCCUGGGUCAAGCAGCCUCAGUCUGGUCGCAUAG